AUGCCAGCGCCUGCAACCAGAAUUCCUUCCGCACCUCCUCCUCCGGUUCCUCAGGCUCUCAACCCAGCUACCCCAGUGCCGGCAGCUCCCGCAAACACGUUCGAACAACUGCAGCAGAUUGCCUGCAGCAGAUGCUUGCCCUGCCAGCAGACUCUUCAACCGCCGCAGCAAGUCCAGCAGCAAGUUGCAACGCAACAGCCUCCGCAAAUGCAGUUUGCCCCACCAGAUCAAAUGCAGGCGUUUAUGCAGCUGUUCACAGGCGCUGGUCCGCAGAUCGCUCAAAUGAUGCAACAGGCCCAACAAGCUCAGCAAGCGCAACAGGCCCAACAAGCGCAACAGGCCCAACAACAGCAGCAAGCCCUCGUCAAUGCCAUGCAGCAACUGCUUCCAAUGUUCAUGGCGCCUCAGACGCAGAACCCUGCUCUGCAACCGAACGGAAACGCCUUUGCGGCUCUCGCAUCCGCCCCCAACCUAACAAACACGUUGGCGGCGGCUUUUGGAUCAGCCAUAACAGCAGCCAUGGCUCCAAUGAUGCAGAUGGGUCCUCAACCUGGAGCGCCGGCUCCGAAUCUAGCCAUGGCGCAGCAUAUCCUUCAGGCUGUUGGCGGUGGCCAACAGCAGCACCUCCAGAGCUUUGCUCAACAGCCUGCCCCAGCUCCACCUGCUGCAGGCCAACCAAUGAACCCAGCUCAGUUCUUUGCACAACAACAUCUUCUCCAGAACUUUAUGCAGCAACCAGUGCAGCCUGCCCAAAUGCAACCACCGCCUCCUGGACAAAUGCAGCCAAUGCCUCCUGGACAAAUGCAACUAAUGCCGGCAUACCCUGGGCAACCAUCCAUGCCAAUGCAACCCCCGGUAGCUCCUCCACCGGGACAGCCAAUGCCAGCGCAACUGCAGCCCCUUGAUCGGCAAGCCAUGGCACAAUACUUGCAGCAACACAGCAACAGUUUCAUAUCCAGGUUCCACAGUUCCAUGCACAGGGACAGGGACCUCCUUUGCCUUCCGCAGCAGGAACGCUAUCUGGAGCUUUCAUGGCUGUCCAAGGAGGACAGAUGCAACCACCACAAGGAGACAGUAGACCACCAGGGCAUGGGCCUCCGGGUUGAUACCAGCAGUGAUAGAACUGCCGCAAAAUAAAUCGUCUGUCCUACUAAUCUAUGAUGCAGCUUCAGCAACGUGCAAAGUCAUUAGUGCCCCCCAAAUUUAUUUGGUAGUGCCAACAACACUAACAACAAUGCGGGGCCCAAAGGCAUAGCUCAGAUGGCGUCAUAGCGGUUCAGCUUGUGUAUUGACGUGCACAGUAGGGAGUAUGCUUGGCCGAAGCACGGUUGCACCAAUUCAUAGCUCCAUUCAUAUAGAGAGCGUGUAAAGAAACAGCUAAAGAAACUAGAUUGCAAUCAAUCAUUGGGCUAAUGUAUUACGGCUACAUGUAGUGCAAACACUACGAGAAGGGCUGUUUACUUUUCGUUUGCCUUUGAAGCUGGACGACUUCCGACGACUAUGCCAGUGUGACUCCUCGUUGGAUGCAGUGCUUCUUCGACCAUGUAGCGGGCACAGUCCAUCUUGCCAGUUCCAACCCAACCACAUCCACGCCCUUUUUAUCCUGUGUAAAGUACUCACCCACAGGGACGACUUCUUCGCCCAAGCCGGUGGGGCGGAUCAACAAGUAGUCCAGAUCUGAAGCAUGAUAGAGUUUUUCCAUUUCUUGCAGAUCCUUGUAGGCUUUGCGGGUGUUUGUCCAAAAGAAUAUCUUCAUGAGCUUACCAGCCCAAUGGAUGUUCUCUCCCAUGCCCAUGGAGGACAUGGCAACGACGCGUUUUACUUCGGCCUCCUUCAUGGCUUGAAUGACUUGUUGGCUGGCCGCAGCAGCUACCAAGCCCCUUUCAAUUAGCUGAGGGUAUUUCACUCCAGGUUGCCGAUGGCCCAGGCAAGAGACCACCCCAGUACAACCCUGGAAAUGUUGCGAUAGAUUGUCUUGUUGAUUCUGCCAACUGUCGAUCUUGACCACAUUAAUCUUGGACGCAUGAUCUUUGGACGGGUUGGUGUGACCUCCUUGACAGUUGCAUUCCCAGUUUUCCUCGUCGAGCAACUCGGGGUAUUCCGUGAUGACGGUGAUGUGCUCAACGGUUGGCUGCUCCAAGGCCGCCAAAAUGGCAUGCCUUCCAACGUCGGACAAGCCACCGAUACCAUACAGAACCACAAGACGAGCAGCCAUUGUCAGCAUUAGUUAAUCG